AUGGUCGCGUCAAAUAAAUGCUUUAAAUGCUUCAAUGAGUGUGUGUUUAAAGAGGAUAAAGAAAAAAAGGAUCUGUUUGGAUUUCCAUGCGACAUGUGCUGCCGCACUAUUUGUGCAGACUGUAAUAAAAUGAUGGCACAAGAAAUCAGGGUGAUUCCUAGUACAUCUCGUUCAUUGAUUCAUCUAUGUCCUGACUGUAUCAUUGAAUUAAAACAACUCCCAAGCAUGCUGAAGAAAAUACCAGCAUUAGAACAGGCAGUAGUUGACCUUGAAAGUAAAGUAAAAAACCUAGAGCAGCAAAACCAACAACCUGAUCUCGAUAAGGAAAUCAAUGAGAUAAAGGAAAAAAUGUCCAAUUAUGAGAAGAAUCAACAAAAAUCUGAAAAAUCAUGUAACCAAAACCUAAACUUGAACAACCAAUCUCAGAUUAUUGAUAACGAAUCCUUAUGUAAAACAAUCAAAAAUGAAUUAAAAAGCCAAUCAGAGCUUCUAGCAAGUCAACUGCAAACUGUGGUGAGCAAUAUCAGAGAUGCUAACAAGGAUUUAGUACGUUUUCUGACUGAAAAGUCUCCUGAUGAAAAUUGGAAAAGGAACACAUUUGUGAACAAUCAAAUUAACCUCGAUACUGUUAGAAAUGCAACUGCAAAUGCUACUGAAAAAAUCAUGGCUCAUAACUCAAAUCAUAAAUCCUCGAAAAACCUGGCUAAACAGAAAUUGGAUAGUCGUGGAGAAUGUGCUAGCAGCUCAAAACAGGGAAUCAAGGGAGCAAAGAAAAAUAGCAGUGGCUUGACUGCAGCUACCAAACAGUCAUGGUUCUAUGUGGGAAAUUUGGGAGCAGGAACCUCUAUGGAGCAAUUGAAAGAACAUCUUACGAGUCACAAUAUCCAUGUGUUAACAAUUGAUAAAUUGCCCACUAAAAAUCAACAUGUUGCUUCUUUUAAAAUUUCAGUUGAUCCUAAAUAUGAGCCUGACCAGUUGGAUGCUGAAAUAUGGCCGGAGGACACUACAAGACAAACUAACAAGAAAACUUUGAUAAUGACUAGAAGAUUGGUGCCCAUGAUGGCGCCGGCGAUGUAG